AUGUCAGUUUCAUCAAACUCUUCAGUAUGUGGAGAUGCUGAAGGAGAUUUAUUAUUCGAAGAAGAAGAGGAACUUGAUUUCUAUGCAAUUUUAAAUGUUCCAAAAGACGCAACUGAUGAUGAAAUUAUCAAGGCUUAUAGAAAACGAUGCCUGAUGUUUCAUCCGGAUCGUUUUACCGAUGAAUCAGAAAAAAAAGACGCUGAGAGAGUUUUCGUAAAACUUCGCCGAGCUCAUGAAGUUUUGCUCGAUCCUAAGCAAAGAGCAAUAUAUGACGCUCUUGGUGUACAGGGUCUUGAUACUCAAGGUUGGGAGCUUGUUUCUCGCUCAGCAAAUCCUGAAAAUAUUCGUCGUGAAUUCGAAUUUCUUCAACGUCUGAGAGAUCGCGAGUUAAUGUUACAAAGAGUGCAUCCGACAAGCGCGUUUAUUUUGAAAACAACAUUUGCAGGACUUUUCCAAGAAAAUCCUGAUGAUAGAUUUCCACCACAACUGUUGGGAGUGGCGUUGACACAAUCAGUCGAUUGCUCUCUAACCGGGAAGGAUAGAGUUGGAUUGACCGGAAGAGUGAAAACUGGAAAUGGUAGAGGCGAUGGGAAUGUAUCAGCGGUUUGGAAACGAGUUGCCGGCCAAUUUAAUGUUGAAAAUAUAAUAACAAUUGCACCGGAUUCUGUAGCGCUUACUUUCAAAGCUUCUCGGAAUAUUUUCUCUCGGGCUGCCAUCAUUAUCCAACCGCAAUUACAAUACAGCCUUCUUCAUGAAGCCAUCAUUCCUUCUUUAGCAUUCAUUUACUCCAUGAGAUUGCGUGCUCGACUUCAAGGAAGUAUAAUUCUAAACGUUUCACCAAUUUCAAACUCAAUUACAACAACAAUCGUACAUACAGAAAACAAUCAUCCAAAAGCAAUUGGUAGUCUUACGUUAUCACCCAUCAAUUCAAACAUUCGCUUGGUAUACUUUAGACGUCGUCCGGAACAUGAUUCUGUAACCGAAAUGGCUGUGCAAAUCAAUACAUAUGGAAUUUCGCCUUCCAUUAAUAUGGAACGGAAAUUAUCAAGAUACUCAAGAAUCGGACUCUCGUUUCAUUUCUCUUUUCCGUCCUGUUUGCUCCAAUCCAAGAUUAAACUUAAAACUGGACAAUCUUCGUUUGAAUGGCAAAUUGUUUUGUGUGAUGAUAAGGAAGCGUUGACAAGAAGUAUCAUUUAUGGGGUGGCAAUGCCUUACUUCGCCAUUCAGCUAACAAAACUUAUGUUUCGACCAUGGUGGGAGAGAUUUGUCUCAAUCUUCGAUGAUAAUUCUGCCGAACAAGAUGUCGAUUUGGCAAAAAAAGAAGAGGCAGCAAACGUGACUAAUCUGAUGAGACCGACAGCCGAUCGAAUUCGUAAAGAAGAAGAGGCGAAACAAGGAAUUGUUAUCGAGAACGCGCGUUAUGGACAAUGCGAUGUAAGCGGCUCGCGGGUGUAUCCAUUAGCCGGAGAUCGCACCGUAGAUGUAACAGUCCCUCUUCAAGCAAUGGUCAAUGACAGCCAACUUCGUGUUUAUACCGUUAAGAGCCAACUUCCAGGCUUUUAUGAUCCAUGCCCAGGAGAGCCAAAGAUGCUCACAGUUCAAUAUUUGUUCCGUGGCGAGGCACAUUCAGUGACAGUCAGCGAUGAAAUGCCGUUGAUGAUCCCAUUGAGAGCUCAUCGUUUGACAUCGGCGAGUGCUCAACAAAAUGUCUAA